GAGUACUCACAUGAGUAACUGAGUACUCACUGAGUAACAAUACUCAGAAAUUGUUAGUAGUACCAAUAUGAGUACUCAUGGACGAAUUAUGAGUAAAGUCGUACUCAUCGUAUGAGUACUUCCACUACGGCGUUCAAAAACAUGACUAAUUUUGAGAGAGCGCCGUUCUGUAUAUUUCGGCAAUGUGCAAAAAUUUCAUUAUCUAGAAUGUGAGGUCUCACAAGUAAAAUUGAUUGAUUUUGUCUAGUUGAAAGCAUCAUCGGGAAGAACCCUUUAUGCCAUUAGAAAACAGCUCGUUGAGCUCUACAAACCGGUAUAAUUUUGAUUUUAAAUGAUGCGUCAUACUUGAGGACCAUCCCUGCUAAGUAGAAUUAGGAAAACUCGAAUGGUGUACGAAGUUCAUGCCAUAUCAUGCAAUAUAUAAGUCUCUACGAAAUUGAAUAGGUUUUCGGACACCCAAUUGAUUUUCUGUCACUGUAUUUAUUUCUGGAACCUGCAAACAGUUUUUCCAGGAUUUAACCAAGAAUGUAAUGCGCAUAAUAGUAUGGUGGAGUGCUCUGUGUACACGGAAGUCGUUUGUCUCUGAGUGACGAUGAGGGUGCCUCUACGUACACAGAGAGCUUUUACUUAAUUACAGAUGAGGUCCACUUUGUAUGCACUGCGGCAGUCUGCGUCAACACGGUUAUUAUGCUGAUUGUGUCGGUUAUGUCCGUGAAGUCUAUUACGGCCAUUAUGCCCAUUUUAAAUCUGUUGCCUAUAUCUUUACAGGAAAUCAAUUUCCUGGAAACUAAUAGAGCGCAUCGAAUUGAUUACCAGGGAUAUCUUUAAUAUAUCUGGCUUAACUUCGAUUUUUUAAGUGUUAAAGUGUGAUACUUUAACUUCAACCGUUAAAGUGUGAUACUUUAACUUCAACCGUUAAAGUAAGGUGUUUUUAAAAUUAGAGUGUCAUAAUUGGGUGACUACUCUUUGAUUCAUUGAUGAGUGAAAAUAUUCGACGGCUGGGACAUUGCGUUUUCGGGUCGUUCAAGGGAAAUCGGAAUAGAUCAUAUUUUAGCGGCGAUCAUAGUAAUUGCUUUCUUCAUUUGGCUUUUCAGGCCCUUUCAAUUCUCCUACGGUUGUUUAAACUCCUUCGCUAUUCAAGAUGGCCUCAGGUAAAGUAGUCAUUCAUCUAUACCUUCAGCGCUCCUCAGACAUGGCUGAAGAACGACACAAGAUGCUCGUGCCAAUUAGUGGCUAUGGACACAUGCACCUUAUUUCUCUAGCGUAAGCUGUGGGGUGCGGAUGUGAGUGAAGCAACUUCGCAUCCUCUUUUUAAAAAUUUCUGCUGAAGAAUUAUCAGUACUCCUCUAUGAAAACUAGGUUACAAUACUCAGUUUUUCGACAUCGUUUCACUGAUGUAUCUUUAUUAGGUCUGCAAGCAAUAAAAAAUUUUGAUCCAGUUAAUACGGGAUUGGAACCCUGUAGUGGUCGUCGUUGCGCCCGAUGCGGCCAAUGCCGUGAUUGGUAUUAUACAGGAGAUUUAGCAAGUUUGGCAUGGCUCCAAAAUUGGAAGAAAUGGUCCAAGAGUGAUUGGGAACGUUAUCGCCAUAAUAAUAUUUCCCAGCGUUUCAAAAAGCGUAUUGAUGCAACAUGUUUUUAUCAUCUUUGUGUUAUCGAUGGUGAUGAUAUUGAUCUUGGUCUUCAUUUUCAUGCUAUUGGUGCGAAUGGUUAUUAUCAUGCUCAUCAAAAUCUUUGUUUGUGUAACGAUAAUGUUCGUAAGUGA